GACCGGCCGUUCUUGCCAGCUCCUGUCCUGAAAUGUUAGAAGGGAACGUGGGGGCGGGAAAACUUCAAAUUCUACCCGUAGCGGUCGGGCUUUAAAGGAACGACACAGUGGCUAUUUUGCAUAAUCUGGCGAUAUAUUACGAAUAAAUCGAAUGUACAGUCUAACACAAAUACCGCGCGCGACUCUAUGCAAUUCUAAACGAAACGCAGUCGCCGACGUCGUCCUGACUCUUCGGAGCUCUUCUUGAAUCUUCUAUCGCGAGGGUACGUGACCGGCCUUGGCCUUCCACACGCUGUCCCAUGAUGCACCGGCAGGUAUGUACGUAUGUACAAUGUACAUACACUGCACCCUCUUCGGGCGGUUUCGAUCUCUCCCAAGUCCAACCGAUCUCGAGAGCUUGGGCCGGUUUCACUCCCCGGCUUCCCCUCGCAGUGAUUCUUCGUCCUUGUGGGCAUCAUAUCGGCGGCACGACUCUCCGUCCCCCUAUGAUUCUUAUGGAACAGGUCGUCCUGCGAACGCCACGUUACAAUACAUAAAAGAGUAGUGUGUUCGUUUGAAUGUUCAAAACCAAAAUGUUCAUAAAUGGAAAUAUUAUUUUAUGGCUUUAAGGGAUAUGCAGACCGAUGAUAAACGAUCGUAUUAGAAAAAGAUUGCGAGAAUUAAAUAACAUACAGGGUGUCCCGGAACUAAAUGCAAAAAUUGAAGGGGGUAUUAGAAGGGGUUGAACUGUGUAAAUUGUCCUAUGGAACAUGUGAUCUCCAAAGCAGCAUUCGCGAGAUAUGGACGGUUAGAGUCGCGCUAGGCGCCGGCAUAUAGGCAACCAACUACACACCGGACAUCGGUUAGCAGCUGAUUGAUAAGCGUGUUCCACUGCUGAUGCGAAUCGUAACGCUGUACAAUUUAAGGAUUUCAAAGGAAAGUAUCAAUAUAAAAUUUUAUUACAAAAACCUGUCGUUACUACGGGUGCUCGAAGUUACGGUUGCCUACAUGCCGGCGCCUAGCGCGACUUUUUAACCGUUCGUAUCUUGCGAAUGUUGCUUCCGAGACCACAUGUUCCAUAAGUCACUCAGCUCGACUCCCUCUAUUACCCCUCUAAAGUUUUGAAUUUAGUUCUGGGACACCCUGUAUACUCGGGUAAUUUUUAAUAAUUUUUUCCUUACAUAAAAAUAUAACAGCUAAAGUCCCCAUUGUAUAUUUAUCCAUUUACAACAUCUGUUUAGUUUCCAAGCAGUUGCAUGCAAAGCAGACAAUGCAUUUGCAUUGUCUCUGAUUUCUGGUUGACCAACCAGAAUGACAAACGAACUUCACAGCAUGCAUAGGAUUCAAUAAUUGAAUAAGAAAAUUGAUUUAUGUUCUGGAAAUACCAUUGAGCUGCGCGUUAGACUACUUGUCAAACAUGACCAAACCUAAAGUUGACGUCGAAGCUAAACGAAGUUAUUACCAUCAGUUUCAAUUCAACCUUCGAGCCUAAACCAUUAUAUACCUUUGCGAUACCAGUGAAAAAGUUUAGAAAAUAUUUAUAAUCCGAUAAAGCAAAAAUAUCAAAAUCUUUAUAAAAUUCAAAAGUUAAAUAUUUAAAAUGGAUAUAUCAGGAGCUGCUGAUAUAUUAACUUGGAACAAAUGGGUGUUUUCGUUUUUGGGUAUCUGGCCAUUAGAUGAUAGCAAUAAACUAUUUUUAUUUCAUUACAUAUAUUUUAUGAUUCACACAUGUUUGGAGUAUGUCGAACUGUUUAAGUAUUUAAACAAUUUAGAAUAUGUAGUCGCAAAUCUGACUGAGAAUUUAGUGAUCACUCUUACCUUUUUAAAGAUUAGUGCUUACAGAAUUAAUAAAAAUGAAUUACGUAAAAUGUCAAAUGACAUAAAUGACGACUUUAAAGAAGAGUCUUAUAAGGAUAGUGAAGAGAAAGCAUUAUUUUUGGAAUACAAUGCAAUAGCUCAAAAAUUUAUGAAAGUUGGGAUCCCGAUAACAUUAAUUGCGGCAGUACUGUAUUAUUUGAGACCUUUAACUGGACAUGUAAUCGUGGAUACAUCACAUUUAGGAAAUACAUCACACAGUUAUAUUAUGCCGUAUCGCAUUACAUUAUUCUUUGAAAUUACAAAUUUUCAAAUGUACGUCUUCAUGUACGCUUUUGAAAUUCUAAACGUCCCAAUCAUAGCCUUUGGAUUUAUUGGAACUGAUUGUUUAUUAAUUACGUUGGUAUUACACUUGUGCGGUCAAUUAGCUGUUUUGUCACACCAAGUGCGAAAUUUAACAAUGAAUCCGCAAAAUUUUCAAAAUGAAUUCCGAGUGAUAGUUAUGAAGCAUCUUCGACUCAUAAGAAUUUCGAAAAGUUUAGAUACGGCAUUCAAUCAGAUUUUAAUUCAACAACUCGUCGGAAUGAGUUUGCUUUUAUGUUUGGCUGGAUACAAUCUUAUAGCGAUGUCUGAUAGUGGACAAAAUGUGCAUCUAAUAACGUUUAUCUUCUAUGCCUGUUCGGUAUCCAUGUUACUCUUUGCUUAUUGUUUAAUCGGGGAAUAUCUCAUUAACGAAAGCACAAAGAUCCAAGAUGCUUUUUACAAUUCUACAUGGUACAACAGGCCACCUUAUCAGCUGGAACUAUUUUUGAUUUGUAUGGUAUUUGUUCAACGUCCGCUGGUACUAACUGCUGGAAAAAUCUAUUCAUUGUCUUUAAGUACUUUUGCGCGUGUAGCGAAAAACUCGAUGGCAUAUUUGUCAGUGCUACGAAAAUUUGUGUAAAAUAAUAUUAUCAUUUAUCAAUAUAUAAUUUCAUAGAUCAUACAUAUUUCAAAAAUAUAUCAUUCAACAUUAUAAGAAUCGUUUCUCGUCAGUGUGCAACUUCGAUCCAAGAAAUUGAAAAAAACCAGGAUCACAUUCAAGUACCUAUUAUCAAUUUAUCAUCCAUAUGAUAUAUUUAUGAAAAAUUCACGAUUCUGACCACUGUCUGGAGGCCUCAUCAGUUAGUCAAAUUGGACGAGAACUUUUUGUAGAUUAUUCAUUUAUUGAACAGAAAAAAAUAUGAUCAGGUCUUGGGGUGAUCGAUCGAAUCACGUGUCUUUCACUAAGCCAAUCAAAAUACAUACAAGGAAGUUACAUUCCGCGUUUACUCAUUUCUUACUAACACAAACACUUGGUGUUACUUUGAUAAUGUGUAUGGCUGGAUAUAAUAUUCUUAUGGUAAUAAUUUAUUUUUAUUCAUUUAUUAUAUGCACUUGAUAACAAAAAAAUAACGUUCAUAUAACGACUUUGAUAUACGGAUGUAACAUGUUGCUAUACGCAAUUUAUUUCAGAAUUAUAGCAGAAGGCAAAGUGGUAAAUUAGUGAUGUUUAUAUUUUAUGCUCUUACUAUCAUUGUACAGCUUCUUGGUUAUUGUUUCAUCGGAGAGUGUCUUAUCAGUGAGGUAAAUUGUCGAACCUUCGUUAGAGAAAUUUUGAUAAUGAAUUAUUGCACGUUUGAUUAAAUUAUUUUAUCAAGAGCAAAAAGUUGUAUUAUGCAUUUUACAAUUGUCGUUGGUACAUUCUGCCACCGAUGGAUGUUAAAUUCAUAAUAUUUUGUAUGUUACGAUCACAAACACCACUCACACUAAAUGCUACAGGACCCUGUACACAUUCCUUCGAAAGCUUCACGAGCGUAAGUUUCGUAAUACAUAUAAAUUGUGAUUGAUUUAUUUUUUUUUUAUUGUUGACUAAUUCAUAAAUGUAAUUUAUAUUUUGCAGGUGAUGAAAAUGUCAAUGAGUUACAUGUCGAUACUACGAAAUUUGUUGAUACGAUCAGUAUAAUUAAUAUGACCGUAGCUUACGAAUGAAGUCACUGCAUAUUACAAAGCUACUGUGACUGUGAAGAAUGCCAAUAAAAAAACGUAAAUUCGGUAAAAAAUGGUAUUGGCUAAGAUGGCAUACGGUAUAAAUAAACUACAUAAAUGAGACGCGGUGUUCUAUCUAAGGUUAAACCCCGGCCCAAGAUUGAUAGACUAAUAUUAUGAAACUUUAAUGUUAGUCGAAUCCAAAUUCAUACCUAGAAAGUCAAUAUGAGUAUUAGAACGUUUAAAUACAUUGUGAUGUGAUUUUGUCGAUUCAUGCUUUCUGGUUCCCUUCG